UUGAAACAUUUUUUUAAAAGAAAAAUAUAAAUGGAAAGUCAAAUAACGUCCUUGGCAGAGAUAAGCCGUCAAAUGGCCCAAAAAUUAAAUCGUUUAGGUCUACGGAAAUUAAGGCAUGCCCACAAAACCCUAACACAAUUGCAGCAGAAGGUGGUAUUGAGCAAAUUCGGACGGCUUGAAGAUGAUAAGUUUCCACAAAAUAAAACCAAAAAAGAAUUUCCAACUCAAAAUGUUGCCGACUCGGAACAGCUUGACGACAGUGAUGUCUUCGAAGAAAGUGAAGCUGAGGAAGAAGAUUUCGAAAUUCUGGAAACAGUUAAGUGUUCGCAAUUAUCUGAAGAUUCCUGGUUGGGUUAUUUCGCUGGUUAUGAAAUUUUGAAUAAAGAAGAAAAAAUCUAUUUAAAUGGCAACAAGCAAUGCAUUGAACUUAGUGGCUAUAAUUCGGAUCCUAAGACUUUGGAGGAUUAUUUACGUGCGGGGAUGCGAUGUUUCUUUAUGGACUUGUUUGUGGGAACGGAAGUGGAUAAACAGAGAUGUGUUUUCAAUUUAAGAAAUUGUGAAUUGAAAAUAUCUCAGGAAUAUGGUUAUCCGGUGAAUGUCAGCUUGUUUGCCAUAUUAAGUCCACGUUGUCAGUACACUGGUUAUUUUGAUGAUCCAACUGCUGUUUAUGAAAUGGAAAAAGGAGAAACACUGACAUUAACCACAAAUCGUCAAUAUUCCACAAAGGGAUGUCGUAGGAAAAUCUAUGUACGAAUCAUUUCAAUUGUUGGCGAAGAUCUAAAUUGUGAGGUAAUGGAAUGCGGUGUUUUGCGUUCAAAAUCUGCGGUACGUUUCCCGGGACGAUGUAAUCGUUCCAGAGUUUCCGUAGAGGAAAUUGAGGAUAUUACAUUUGCCCGGGAGAUGGGCAUUGGAGUAUUGAUUUCGUACAUAGCCGGUACUGAAUUGUAUCUGAAGGAGUUGCAGGAGGUGUUGGGUCUCCUAAAUUGUCAAAAUAUGCAACUUGGCUGUCGUGUGGUAUUAAAUGAAAUGCAGGAGAAAGAAAAUACCAAUUUCGAGUGGAUCGUCAAGGGAUAUGAUGUUUUUUUAAUAGAAUUUAAAAUCGCUUCUGAAGGCUUCCAAGAAGGAUAUAAAGGAAAGGCGAAGGAAAUCACUACCACAAAUCCUGAGAUUUUAAAUUUAAGUCGGACAGCUUCAAAUUUUUUGAAAAGUGUCUAUAGACAAAAGAAAGCCAUAAUAAUGGAUUGCACGCCCUUCGUUGGGCGCCAGCUCUUUGUGGAUCCAUGCAAUUGGCCAGAGGUUUUCUAUUAUCCCGAUAAAUAUUUUAUUAAAUCCGACCAUGGUAGCUACGACUCCUUUCAAUUUCAUCUACUGCAACGAUCUAUCUUCAAUCACAUGUUUCCAUCGCUUUGGUCCUCUUCCCCUUUCUAUUGUGAUGAAUCUCAAAGUGGCUGUGAUACUAUUGCCCGGUCCUGUAUCGCAGCUUCUCUGGAAUGUAAUGCUGCUGCCAUACUUUUAUGUUCCAUAUUACCAGACAUGGCAAUUAAAUUAUCCCAUUUUCGACCAAUAACUCCAAUAUAUUUUUUAUCCGCCACCAAAUCUACGGCUGAUUAUAUAUCCAUGUAUCAUAAUGUUAUAUAUCUUUAUCAGAAACACUCGGAUUGUUAUCGUAAAUUUGUCACAGAGGGAUUUCUCUGUGGUCUAACUUAUUUACAUGAUCGAAAAUUGGUAACAAAUGGACGAUGCGUUAUCCUAAUGUAUGGUCACAAUAGUGCCAUUGAUCUUCCAGACAAAUAUGUGAUUUUAAAAUUUAAUGCAGAAACAUUUGAGGAGAAUUUAAAUAAACUUUUCAUUAACUAAAUGGAAAUA